CCAGUCAGCGAUAAAGUUGGUUAACUCCGCCCUCCUGGCCGCCUGAGGAGCGGUGCCCGCAGGAAGCGUCACCAAACCUCACAAGCAUCUGGAUUGGUCAUCGUAGAUUUGUAUGACAUGAACGCGCUCGACCGGCAGCCCAUCCGAAACCUUUAAAGAUCUACGGCGUGGUUUGCCCAAGGUAUUUUAAUGAAUGAGCUGAUAAAACUUUAACUCAUAUCACUCUUGACUGCCAGGGUGAGCGUUUUAAGUGUUAUUCCCAUGCAGGGUCGGUAGAGAGCAGUAAAAGGGUUGUCCACCCCCUCCGCCUGCUUCAUGUGAUACUGAUCUGUCACAGUGGUUGGUCGAGGACUGACAAGCUGGUGCACUUUUCUGGGAUAGCUGUUUACUUGAUAACAUGUCUGUGUACCGAAAUGCCAUCUGGUUUUUGAACGGAAUCCACCAAUAUACAAGGAAGGGAUAUGAGGCAGCGUCUAAAGACUUUGAUCCAAAGGACAUGGAUGUGUCCGUUGUGGGAAGGUCUUUUAUGGUCACUGGGGCCAACAGUGGAAUUGGCAGAGCAACAGCCAUGGCAAUAGCCAAGAAAGGUGGGACAGUCCACAUGGUGUGUAGGAACAAAGAUAAAGCAGAAGAGGCCAGGGCGGACAUCAUCAAUGAGUCUGGGAAUACGGAGGUAUAUAUCCACAUCCUGGACAUGUCAGAGACUCACAAAGUCUGGGAGUUUGCAGAGGCCUUCAAGAAGCAGUACCCAUCCUUGAAUGUGUUGAUAAAUAAUGCAGGGUGUAUGGUGCACAAGAGAGAGGUAAACUCUGAGGGACUGGAGAAGAACUUUGCCACCAACACUAUGGGGGUGUACAUUCUUACCCAGACUCUCAUGCCACUACUACAGAAGAGCCGGGAUCCAAGAGUGAUCACUGUGUCCUCGGGUGGCAUGCUGGUCCAGAAACUCCGAGUUGAUGACUUGCAGUCAGAGAAGGGCUACUUUGACGGCGUCAUGGUCUACGCCCAGAACAAGAGACAGCAGGUGGUGCUGACACAACAGUGGGCCAUGGCCAGCCCUGUCAUUCACUUCUCUGUGAUGCAUCCAGGCUGGGUAGAUACGCCAGCUGUUUCCACAUCAAUGCCUCAGUUCCACCAGAUGAUGGGGGAGAGACUGCGCAGUGUAGAGCAAGGAGCCGACACUGUUGUGUGGUUGGCCUUGUCUAGAGUUGCUGCCAGAACACGCAGCGGGCAGUUCUUUCAAGAUCGUAAGCCUGUUCCUACCCACCUGCCUCUGGCCUGGACUCACAGUUCUACUCAAGAGAUUCAGAGGUUCAUGACUCAGCUGGAAACUUUGGCCAGAGCUGUUCAGUCACAACCUAAUCCAGAGCUUAAGGGUCCCCUGAGCCCUUCCACACCUCAGUUUGUCUAAAUUCUGAUAUGACUGAUACCUCUGUUGUACCAUGUCUUUAAAUUAUAGGUCACAGUAAGAGCAAAUACUGAAAGUAUGUGAUGUGACACAUUAGUCAUAUUUCGUCCUAUGUUGCUCCUAAUUCUGCCCAUUCUUUUUCAAAGGCAGCUUUUAGAACAGUUCAUUACUCAGUGUCACCUGAUAUAAACUGUGGUCUGUUUUUUUUUAACUGAAAAUGUCAUAAACUAUUGAUUUGAAAUUGAGUAUAUCAAUAGCAGUUACUGAAUGCAUGUGAAAAAGUGCAUGUCUGUUAUC